AUGGCGAGCUCUACCCUUUGUAUUCUUGGCUGCGGCAACUUGGGCGGCGCUAUUCUAAAGAGCUUAAUCGAUGGCCCCAAAGAUAAACACGGUAGUGCCCCGUUCACACGGUUCAUCGCAUGUGUCAGGAGCCAAGAAUCCGAGCAGCGCCUGACUACACAAUUCUCCCACCAGUCGCAAAGCUUGACGGUUACCCGAGACAACAUCAAGGCUGUUCAGGAGUCGGAUGUUGUAGUCUUGGGCGUGGACCCCGCUGUCGUCGAGAAGGUGCUGUCAACUCCCAGCCUUACGGAGGCCUUAUCGAACAAGCUCCUCAUCAGUGUCGCUGCUGGCUGGACCCGGCAGAAGCUUGAGACCACCCUGUAUGGCAGUCCAACCACAACGAGCAACGCCGAAGGUCGGGCGUGGGUAGUGCGUACGCUGCCUAAUAUCGCUGCGUCGGUCUCACAAGGUCUCACGGCCAUCGAGAUAUCAGAGCCAGAAGUUCCCGAACACUACCAGAAGAUCACGGAUGCGGUCUUUGACAACCUGGGAAAGACAGUACACAUCCCCCCGACUCUGAUGGAUGCAACGACCGCGGUGGCUGGAUCGACACCCGCGUUCUUUGCUGUGAUAGUCGACGCAAUGAUCGAUGCUGCCGUGGCGGUUGGCGUGCCGAGGGACCUGGCACGAACCAUGACGGUUCAGGCGAUGACCGGAACUGCAGCCCUUCUGCAAAGCGGAAUGCAUCCGGCCGUUCUGAGAGAUCAGGGCACGUCGCCUGAGGGAUGUACUAUUGGAGGAUUGAUGGUCAUGGAGGAGGCUGGGGUGCGCGGUCAUGUUGGGAGAGCCUUACGAGAAGCCGUAACCAUUGCGCGCCUUAUGGACGGUACCCGUCAUUUGAACGAUACUAGACAGUAG